AUGCUUCUCGUAUCCUUUCUGCUUUUCCUCUCAAUAGCUGCAUGCCCUGGUACUUCCGAGCUUGUACCCAUUCGUAGAAGCCCAAAACCGGGGCAGGGGACCCCCUUCGGUCCUCAAGCCAGUACUUCACAGCUGCAGACUGCCAGCGGGGGUCCCUUCCAAACUGCAGCCUUCAUUGCUAGGGGCUCCCCGUCCAGUCAGCUGCGGCCCAAACAAAGGACGCCAAGCGCUCUAUGGGCCUCAACUACCCCUCCCGUUGCUGCCUCUUGUGUUGGGAGUGGAUGCCGCAUUCUUGGAGUGGGCUCGGCCGUCCCAGACACCCGUAUGACCAAUGACGACUUGUCCAAAGUCGUCGACACAAAUGACGAAUGGAUCCGCACGCGGACUGGUAUAUCUUCCCGCCAUGUGUUGCGGCACGGGGAGAGUCUCAGAGCAUUGUCUCUUCAGGCUUCACUCUCUGCUGUUUCAUCUUCCGGUCUGAAGCCAAGGGACAUUGACUUGGUUCUGCAUGCAUCCUCCUCCCCAGACGACCUCUUUGGGGAUGGACCCUGGCUGGGAUCCGAAAUACAAAAGGGGGAAGAUGGAGAAGUGAGGCAAAUCCCAGCGUUUGACAUCACCGCUGCUUGUUCAGGAUUCGUCGUCGGACUCGUUACUGCAAACAUGUAUCUCACCAGUCCAGGCUCCCCCUACAAGAAAGUGCUGCUUGUGGGAUCGGAUGCCCUGAGUCGCUGGCUCGACUGGUCUGACAGGAAUACCUGCAUUCUCUUCGGGGAUGCAGCAGGGGCGGCAGUUUUAGCUGCACCUGACGUUGCACCCCCUGCCAAAGCAGCGAGCGCAAACAAGCCCUUGGGCCUGCUCAGUUACGUGUUGCACAGCGACGGGAGCGAGCAGAAACAGAUAAUGCUACAUUACAAGGGGACUGAAAAUCCGCUGCCGUACAUGCAUGCGCCGAGCGGGCGUCUGUGUCUGAGCCGCGGCUGCUUCUCUCCCCUUUCCAUGAACGGACGAGAGGUAUUUAAAUUCGUCUCCCGCAAAGUGCCCAGCUCCCUGGAAUCCGUCCUCUCUGCUGCCAAGUUGAGAGGUGAAGACGUUGACUGGCUCUUGAUGCACCAGGCGAACAAACGCAUUAUCGAUGCCGUAGCGGAGAGGCUCAAUAUUCCGAAACAUAAAGUGCUGUGCAACCUGGAAGAAUACGGCAAUACUUCCGCGGCUUCCGUUCCUCUGUGUCUAAAUGAAGCUGUUCGGGCUGGGAAGGUUAAGGACGGUGACGUCAUUGCCAUGGCUGGAUUUGGCGCGGGACUUACGUGGGCUGCUGCUGUCCUUCGCUACGGAUAG